ACAGCAGUAAAUGUUGGCUGUUAACACUUCGCACUCAAAGUAGAACGUUUCGUUUAUCAUACGGGUACUCGUCUGUGGUUUUUUGGCAGUACCGAAUGCGAGUUUACAUGUUUCUACUUUCUGUUCUACACGAUAUAUUUAUGACACCCGAGUACUCGACUGUUAUAUCCGUCGGUCUUGAUCAUCGCUGUUAAUUCGUAUCCGUUUUCCCUCGAAUUCAUUCUCAAUCCAUCAUGGACUUUUUGGAAGAUCUGUCACGUCAACUGGAGGACAUCCGGCUGGACGGCACUAACGUGAGAGCGGAAUUCCCCUGCCCGCGGUCGGUCCUGCGAUAUCUCAACCAUCAAGGAUCUAUGAGUGAAACUAAUAGAUUAGCAUCAGCCUUAGAGAAUGGUAUAGAUAUCGAAGACACACCUGAAAAUCAAUCGAGAAUUCGUACAAGAAAAAGACUACAAAGGAGACAGAAACAAAAAUUAAAAUCUUUACUUGAUAAACAAAAUACUAAUUACAAAGAACAAAAUAGAUCAACUGUAGCUAUUAUGGAGCCAUUUCUUAGUCAAAAAAAUUAUUACCAUGAUUAUAUGGAGUUAGAUGAUGUGAUGAAAGGUCUAGAAAAUGGCGAACUUUUUGAAGGAAAUAUACGUAUUAGUCAAAAAUGUACCACAGAAGCAUAUGUUCCUUCACCAGAUAAAUCAAAGGAUAUAUUAAUAAACAGUAUUAGGGCACGGAAUAGAGCUCUAGAUGGUGAUAAAGUUGCCGUAAAGAUUUUGCAAAAAUCUGAAUGGAGGAACCCAGAUACAGAAGAUUGUCAAAGGACUGGUGAGGUGGUUUAUAUAUUAAAUAGCAAAGAGAACCGCAUAGUAGUAGGAACCCUGCUAGUCGAUAGAGGUGUUCUUCAUCGAUAUAGCACAUUAGUUCCCAGAGACAGUCGAUUUCCCAAAUUACUGGUAGACACUUCAAUUUGGCCGUUACCUAUUCAUUUGAAGGAAGGAACCAAGGAAUCAAAAGAAUUGUUUUAUGCUCUCUUACCACGUUGGGAAAAUUUUAAAUUUCCAAAAGCAAUAUUGAAAGGAGUUUUGGGCGAAUCUGGAGAAAUAAAUGCAGAAACUGAAGGUAUACUGAUCGCUCAUGAUAUACAAGAACAACCAUACCCAGAAGAUAUAGAUCAAUAUUUUCCGCCACAGUUUUCUGUGGAAGAAGAACUGAAACACAGGAAAGAUUUCAGAAAACAUUGUAUUUUCUCAAUUGACCCCCCUACAGCCAAAGAUCUAGACGAUGCCCUUUCCUGUGUACCACUGCCGAAUGGUAAUUUUGAAAUUGGUAUUCACAUAUCAGAUGUGUCUUAUUUUGUUAAGCAAGGCACACCACUAGAUGAAAUUGCAGAAAAAUUGGCCACUAGUGUUUAUCUAGUACAAAAAGUGUAUCACAUGUUACCUCCAGCGUUGACUAUGAGGGCGUCAUUACUACCCGGAACCGAUAAACUAGCUGUCUCUAUCACUUUGGAAAUGACACCUGAUGCUAAUGUGAUUAGUCACACUUUUAGUCAGUCUAUUAUACAUUCUUGUGCUCAAUUGCAUUAUGCACAUGCUCAAAUAUUCUUAGAAAAUCCUAAUAAAAAAGAUUGGGACGAAUCUGAGUUUCCUACUGUGUAUAAUGGUUAUACAAUCAAUGACUGUGCAACAGCCAUUAGCAAUUUACAUAAACUCGCGGCAGUAAUGAGAGAGAGACGUUUUGGCUCAGGUGCGCUGGCAAUCAAUCAACCUAAGUUGUCUUUUGAAAUUGAUAGAGCUACGUGCGAGCCAUUAUCGUAUUCGUUGUACAUACUCCACGAGAGUAAUUGGUUAAUAGAAGAAUUUAUGCUUCUUGCUAAUACGAUGGUCGCUGAACAUUUGAAGACUCACUUCCCAAAAACAGCUAUGCUCAGAAAUCAUCAAGCACCGGAUGUUACUCCUAUGGAAAAAGCAGUGAAACUAUUGAAAGUUCAUGGUAUCGAUAUUGAUGUUACUUCAGCUGGGUCUAUUCAUAAGUCUAAAGCUGCUUAUUGUCAAGGCGAAAAUUCAGAAAAUCCUCAUUGGGACAUUAUUAUCAGCAAUAUACUAUCAAAGCCAAUGGUUCGUGCCGAAUACUGUGUUAUCGAUACAUGCAGAUCCAUGUCUCAUUUUGCACUUAACGUACCAUACUAUACGCAUUUUACUUCUCCCAUCCGUAGGUAUCCGGACAUAGUCGUGCACCGUAUGCUAAUAUCGUGGUUAACAGGCAACCCAAUCAAGGAAUACGAAGACCCAAAACUCAUUCACCAGAUUGCCAUCAACAGCAAUGACAAAAAGAAUAAUGCGAAGAAAGCGUCAGAAGCUAGUGCAGAUAUAUACGCUGCAUGUUUGAUUGGUAAACUGGGAGGCCUAGUGGUUGAUGCGUCUGUUAUGGAAGUAAAGGAAAACUAUUUUGAAGCCACAGUCCUCUCGAUGAACAUGAACGUCAGAGUUUACGUGAACAUUUCUCCACACAACCCAGAUUUGCUGCACAAAUUCUGCAGGUUAUCGACUAUUGAUGAUAAACCCACGUUGACCAUUUGGUGGGAUCUUGAAGGUGAACACAAACAAACACUUCAACUCUUUGACAAAGUCAAAUUGAAGCUCUCAAAAAGAGAAAAUUGUUUGAAAUUAAGAGCCAUUUUAAUCAGAGACUAAUAGACUUCUAUUUAUUGUGAUUCAAUACAUAGUGUAUUUAAUAUUUUAAUUAAUACAUUUUUUUUUUUUUUUUAUUAUUAUUAUUGUUUUCAAGUUUUUGAUGAUAAGAAAUGUUAUUUAUUAAUAUGAUUUUUAUCAAUAAAUGCAUUUAUACUUUUAGA